GAGUCGUUAUGAUGAGUUGAUUUUUGACGCCUACCGAGCGGCAUCAUAGACAUAUUAAGACUAAGACAUUAGUAUGCUACAUUAUAAUAUACCACGGACUUCGAAUCAAUCAAGUGAUUUGCGCGGAUCUUGUAUUCUUAUAUUAGCAGACAGGGUCAUUCACCUGUCCUUUUAAAGUGUUAACUAACCGGCAUCCGCGAUCCGCCUUGCUACCUAAAAACACAAUAAAAAUAAUAUCAACCAUAAUAAAGAUAAACAAAAUUAUCGUUCUAUAGCCGCACGGACCAAGAUAUACCUUAGUCCAUGAUAGCCGUUCUAGCCUUCUAGGUGCUGUUAUCAGUAUUCAAUAGCCUAGUCCGCCCUUCCAAGUGAUAAAGUAAAUAAGUAUAAUAUUUUUAGCCUAAACAGCUAUUACUGAAUUACACACAACACUAACGACUUAAGUGCAAAACAAAAAAAUAUUCUAUAAUAUAUAUCAUUACUCUUUACACUUUAGGUAUUAUCUAUUUUUCUUUUUUUUCACAUUUACGUGGAUUCCGAGUUCCGACUAAGACACAAAGUUCUAAUAUUUUUGUAAUUAAUGACUUUUUAACUUAACUCGGUUUGGCUCGACGAAGUGGGUUCUUAACUGAUUCUUGUAAUUUACAAAAGUUCAUCAUCAACGUUAUAAAGGUACAUAUUUUAUGCCGAUAUCGUGAAAAAUUUACGGGUGUGUUCCACUUUCACGUUCCACCAAGUCUUUACAAAUGACAGGUCAUCUCGUUACUUAAAGAUUAAGCUGGUUCUAUGUAUUAAGAUAAUUAUGGUAAAAAAAGUUUCUAAAUCCAAUUGGGAUGCAGAGCCAGAAAUCGGUGAACAUGAAGUCAGAUAUGCAGCAUAUGUUACCAAAUCACCAAAAAGAUCUAAAUUAUCACCUGAGGAAAGACCAUUUUUGCCAUAUGGGGUUGGACCAGUUGUUGACUGCGAAAUAGAUGAUGAUACUGGAAAACCUGAUUAUUUAAGUUAUAGUCUAAUACCAAAAGAGAAUAAAGAAACAGUAACUAAAGAGCAAACAAAAGAAUCAAAACAAACUAAAAAAAAUCUAAAUUCAGAAUUAUCUCUUGAUCAUGUUUAUAAAGUAAUACGUGAAUUAAAACUACCAACAUUUCAAAGGAUUAUAAAACAAAACAAGUUUGAAUUAAUCCGAAUAGCAAAACGUCGUCCAGAUCGGAAAUGUUCAAGUUACAACCAUGCUGUGGUGGUUUUUUUUCUACUGAAACACCAUAUAUAUGUAGCAAAACUUUUGUUGAGAACAAUAUUUAAUCCUGUUCAGAAAGUUUGGAUAUAUUCACAAAUAAGGGAAGUAUUAAAUAUCCCUCCACAUGAAUUCGCAAGCGUUAAAUAUGUAUACACGGUGUUAGCACCAGAAGUAGCACUAAUGGUUUUAAAAAAUAAAUUUAAAUGCUUUGCUAAAAUAUGUGAUGAAAAUCAAUUGAAUGCUUUGUCACUUUUGAAUAGUACAUUUUUUGAUGACCGAUUUAAAAAAGAUUUACACUGUCGAACCUAAGAAAAUUAUAAUGCAUUAUAAAUUGUAUAUACCUAUUGUGUCCUUUUUUUUUUUAUCAUUUAUGUAAGUGAUAUGUAGUAAAUGGGUGUUUAUUUAUUUUUAUAAAAUGAUAACAAUUUUAAUUUUAAGUGGGGAAGUAUAUUGAUUUUUAUUAGAAGUGCUCAGGAAGCAUAUUUGACUAAUUUAGUGUGAAGACUGAACGUUGAGAAAUAAUUAAUUAUAAAGGCUAGUAAUUAAAUUGAUGUCCUUGAAAAAUGUUUACAUUAAUAAAUGUGAUUAUUAUGUUUGUAUAAAAUAAUGUGUUUGAAAUUGUUAUUGUUAUUAUAAUUUAUUAUUCUUGAGUAAAAACUUACCUAUCAAAACA